AUGGCCACGCUCCCCGAAGUCGUCCCGUCGCACGCGGCCUACGAGCCCCCCCAGGUCGUCGGCUCGGGCCAGAAGCCCGACACGGGCGGCAACAGCAGCGGCGACGACACCGAUGACAAGGCCCUCGCCGAGAUGGGCUACGUGCCCGUGUUCCAGCGCCACUUUUCCAUGUGGUCGUGCUUCAGCUUUGCCCUCAGCAUCUCGGGCCUGUUUGGCACCGUCAUGACCACCUUCUCGUACCCGCUGGACGCCGGCGGCGCCGCGUCCGCCAUUUGGUGCUGGAUGAUCGCCGGCAUCGGCGCGCUGUGCCUGGCCUUCUCGAUUGCCGAGAUCGCGUCCGCCUACCCGACGUCCGGCGCCAUGUACUUUACCAUCAAGUACCUGGCCCCGGAAAAGCACGUGCCCCUGGUCGCCUGGAUCGACGGCUGGCUGAACCUCAUCGGCCAGAUCUGCGGCAGCGCCUCGUCCGAGUACGGCGCCUCGCAGAUGCUGCUGGCGGCCGUGUCCAUCGGCUCCGACUUUUCCUACUUCCCGACCCAGGGCCACAUCAUCGCCGUCAUGGCCGGCCUGUCCAUCUUCCACGCCCUCAUCAACAGCAUGACCACCAACUGGCUCAACAAGUUUGCCAAGACGUACGCCGUCUUCCACAUUGGCAUCCUCGUGGCCGCCUGCAUCGCGCUGCUGGUCAUGCAAAAGGACAAGCACACGGCCAAGUACGCCUUCACCGACGUCACCCCGACCUCCGGCUGGACCCCGCCCGGCUUCUCGUUCCUCUUCGGCUUCCUGUCCGUCGCCUGGACCAUGACCGACUACGACGCCACCGCCCACAUCGCCGAGGAGGCCAAGGACCCGGCCCGCGUCGUGCCCAAGGCCAUCGCCCUCGCCCUCAGCUUCACCUACGUCGUCGGCUGGCUGUUCAACGUCGUGCUCGUCUUCUGCAUGGGCGACCCGGCCGAGAUCCUCGCGAGCCCCAUCGGCCAGCCCGUCUCCCAGAUCUUCUACAACGUCAUCGGCAAGGGCGGCGCCAUCUUCUUCACCGUCUCCGCCUUCCUCAUCAUGAACUUUGUCUGCAUCACCGCGCUGCAGGCCGGCUCGCGCACCGUCUGGGCCUUUUCGCGCGACCAGAUGCUGCCCGGCUCCGGCAUCUGGUACCGCAUCUGGUCCCGCACCGACACCCCCGUCCUCGCCGUCUGGCUCUACACCCUCAUCUGCAUCCUCAUCAACCUCAUCGGCCUCGGCUCCUACAUCACCAUCUCCGCCAUCUUCAACGUCUGCGCCAUCGCCCUCGACUGGAGCUACUGCAUCCCCAUCAUCUGCAAGCUCGCCUACGGCAAGUUCCAGCCCGGCCCCUGGCACCUCGGCCCCGCCAGCAAGUUUGUCAACCUCUGGGCCUGCCUCUGGACCUCCUUCGUCUCCGUCAUCUUCCUCUUCCCCACCGUCCGCCCCGUCACCCCCGACACCAUGAACUACGCCGUCGUCAUCCUGACCUUUGUCUUUCUUGUCGCCACCGCCUACUGGUUCAUCCAGGGCCGCAAGUACUACACCGGCCCCCGCACCCACGCCCACGUCGCCGGUGGCGUCAUCGUCCAGGCCAAGACCCCUGAGGACGCCUCCGACCCCGAGAAGGCCGCUGGCCUGCGCUCGGCCGAGCUGGGCGCCGAGGGCCUGCAUCAGCGUCACCCUGCCGAGCUGCCCACGCAUUAG